CAGUUAGUGACACCAGCCCAAGAAAUCACUUUUACACGACUUUGAUGUCGUAUUGUGACUGAUCCGUUCUGCCAGACAGUGCUAGAUUUAGUGGAGCAGAGGCCGUGUAAAAUCCUGCAGAAGGGACGUGUCAUUCAUUCUCCUGGGUAGGGAUAUAGCGCACCCAGACUAAGCUUGUGCACACGACCAGGAGCCGAGAUUUUCUGCAGCUGAGCUGUGGCUCGGUUUAUUUAUUUAUUUCCGUCUCCGUGUUGCUCUCCGGAGGACGUGCGCUCAGCCAAUGUGCUGCGUGUGACAUCAAGCGGAGGCUGGCUCUCCGGGCCCGGGGACGAGGUGCACACCCAGUGCCGGGGACGCACAGGCUGCAGGGUGCCGAGUCCGCCCAGCUGACCGCCAGCCAAAGGAGGAGGAGGGGGCAGUUCUUGUGCACCUGCCAAAAGGACUCACCAUUUUCCUGGUGAAAGGCAUCAGUGUUGUAAGACAGGUCCGAUCAGACAGUUUCUGUGAGGAGGACACGCACUGCCCCCGUCUCCAGCCUUCGUCUCUGAUGCUUGGGCCACGCUGCAGCUCUUCUGCAACUGAAACACAACAUCCCCCGGGCAGUGCGCUUUCGUGGUCAAAGGAUGUACAAGUAUGACAGUUCAGUGUCAUUUUAGCUGUCUUACUGCCUGUCUUGUUGAGCUCUGAACACCCCCGCUGACACUGCUAGGGUUGAAGGGUUUAUAAAAUCUGGAUUCAACCGCUGCACGGUUACGAAGCCAAUGCAUGAGCUGCACAGCUUGGAAAGGAAUCCGGUGUCCCGCCGUGGCGGUAGCAGUGUUGAAGCUCUGUGUCAGAGGAUGGGGAGCAGCACCUUCUGCAUCACAGCCACUUUGGGGGGAUGAUCUCCAAUGCCGUCACAACUGUCUCUCAUUUUUCUCCUACAUUACGUUUCUGCUUGAUCACCGGUUGCUGUCCAGGUGACCUUUCCAAACCGAUCAAACUGUAUUUUGGCCCACAAUAAGUUUUUAUAGCACUGUGCAAUAAAGAUAUCUAAAUAAUUAUUAUUUAAGUUAAAAAGAAAGAUUAAUUUCUUUAUUUUUGUUUCUCGCGUUAAUCUAAAGACUAUAUAUUUAAAACUGUUGUAGUAAUGUUUAUUUUCAUCACUAUACACCUUGUAUGAUUUGGACUAGCUACAUGCCCAUGUGUGCUAUUUAUCGCUUAGGGCAGCGGUCUGGGGGUAUACAAAUCAGGAGGCUCCAUUGGCAAAGGAUUACCUGUGCGUAAGACACUGAGAAUUUAUUCCUAAAUCAUGAAGAUGAUUCUGGUCCGUAAAUUUCGGGUGCUAAUCCUGACUGUUUUUUUAAUAGCAUGCACUUUGCAUAUUAUGAUUGAUCUGUUACCAAAACUGGAAAAGCGAGCUACUAGGACUACCAAUGAGGGCACCAGCGACUGUUCUUGCUCCAACAAGCCUAGCGAGGAACCUCAUGGACGGGCAAAGCAGCGAGGCAGGAGCGCAGUGCAGUCAGGAUGGCCUAACAAGCACACCCUCAGGAUCCUGCAGGAUUUUGGCAGCGAUCCGGGCUCUAAUCUCACCUCUCAUUCUUUGGAAAAAACAACUGGUUUACCGGACAGGAAUGAAGCACUUAAAAGAUUAGAACAAUCAAAUUUAAAUGGUAACAGUGGCAGCCGACAGCUUAUUCAAGACUGGAGUAGAAGCAGAAACCAACCUGGAAAGGGAUUUUCAAAACUGCAUGCUUUGCUUGAACAUCCCUUGUACAAGGUAUCCAUUCCCGACCUGGCUGAGGAGGACGCUUUAUUCAACGUUAACAGUGACAUUCGAUUUAACCCGAAGGCAGCCCAGAACCCAGAAUGGCAAAAUGAAGACAAUGGAGAUACAAAAUUUUCACCUACUGCAGAAACAUCUGUUGAUUCAUACCCUAACUGGUUAAAAUUUCAUAUUGGGAUAAAUCGCUAUGAGUUGUAUUCGAACUCAAAUCCAGCUAUUGGGAACUUACUGCAAGAUCUAACUACACAACGGAUCACCAGUGUUGCCAUGAAAUCAGGAGGGACACAACUAAAACUUAUCAUGACCUUCCAAAACUAUGGCCAGGCAUUGUUCAAACCAAUGAAGCAGACAAGAGAACAAGAAACACCUCCUGACUUUUUUUACUUUUCUGACUACGAAAGGCAUAAUGCUGAAAUUGCAGCUUUUCACUUGGACAGAAUCCUUGGCUUCCGGCGUGUCCCUCCUGUUGCUGGCAGAUUGGUCAACAUGACGAAAGAAAUAAGAGAUGUCACUCAUGAGAAGAAACUAUGGAGAACAUUUUUUGUUUCACCAGCCAACAACAUCUGUUUCUAUGGCGAGUGUUCUUAUUACUGCACGACUGAACACGCAUUGUGUGGAAAACCAGAUCAGAUAGAAGGUUCAUUUGCAGCAUUCCUUCCGGAUAUGUCCUUAGCAAAAAGAACAGCCUGGAGAAAUCCAUGGAGACGUUCAUAUCAUAAGCGCAAAAAAGCUGACUGGGAAGUUGAUCCUGAUUAUUGUGAAGAGGUGAAGCAAACUGCUCCUUAUGACAGAGGUACCAGACUCCUGGAUCUCAUGGAUAUGACAAUUUUGGACUUUCUUAUGGGAAACAUGGAUCGUCACCAUUAUGAAACAUUUGAGAAAUUUGGAAAUGACACAUUUCUUAUACAUUUGGACAAUGGAAGAGGGUUUGGAAAAUACUCACAUGAUGAAGUUUCUAUCCUAGUACCUCUAAAUCAGUGCUGCAGAGUAAAGAAAUCCACAUAUCUACGAUUACAGCUCCUAGCCAAGGAGGAGUACAAACUAAGUGAUGUCUUUGCAGAAUCAUUGCAGAAAGACAAACUGACCCCAGUCCUUAUCCAAGCACAUCUGGAUGCUCUAGACAGGAGGUUACGAAUCGUCUUGAAAGCUAUUAGUGACUGUAUUGAAAAGAGUGGUUACGACAGUGUUGUUGAAAGUGACUUAGAUGACAAAAACAAUUCUGUCACAACCAAGAGGUAGUAAUGCUAACACUGCACUUUCUACAAGCUUGGUGAAAAGGUAUACUAAGUCUUACAAAGACUAUGCCGCAUAUUGAAUUCAGUGAAUUCAGAGCUGAGAUGUAUUUGUUUCUAAAGUAUGUAAAGUGUAGAAUCUGAGAAGGAUGAAUCAUUAAAAGUAAAUUCUAUGAUAAAAUCUUUUUAUUUUAUUUUUUUUUUUUUUUGUCAUUCAGCAUACAGAACCAUAUUAAGACAGUUUGACUUCCAAAUGGAUUGGCCCAGACCCAAGCCCAUUUUAAUUAGGCAAGCAUUAAUUUAAUAUUUAUUUAUAAAUGUGUAGGUAGGCCUGUCUGGUUAAGAGGACUAUCCUUUGUUUGCCUCACUACUGCUCUCGGUGAACAGUAAAAUUAGCAAAAUAGAUUCUGAAGUAUGUGGCUAAAGCUACAACAAUGCAUCCUUUAGAAGUACAGAACUUUGUUGACUGUGCAAUGAGAGAAAUACUUGAAUGUCAGAUAAAAUAUGUGAUGUAAAUUGACAAAUUGUACUAUUUAACCAGAUACUGAUGUAGCAGCUCUUUAUCUUUUAGACUGUGGUAGUGGAGUUGCUGCUUUGUUGUUUUUCCAACUUUGCUUUUGAUAGAUCUGUGUAAAUAUAUAAAUAUAAAGAAAGUGGCUGCUUUCUGCAGCUGCCAGCUUAAUUUUGCAGCAUUUUUCUGUGAAAUUGUUUGCAACAUGGUAAAAGUGCAAUAAAACUUAUGGGCAAAUAUA